AUGGACGAGCCGCGAAAGCUGUGCGCCGCGGAUCCAGAGGCCCAGGCGCUGACGGCAGCAGCCUGGGAGUCUGAAGAUUUCCGCCGGGCCGCCGAGGUUCUGGCGACCCCGUCCGCUGGGGCACGAGGAUGUGCGGUGAAUCCAGAGCGGGGCCACCUGCAGGCCCUGCAGAUGGCUGUGGGCUGGACGAUUGGCGGUUUCGAUACGAUAGAAUCAGUGAAGGCGAUGGACAUGGACAUUUCUAAAAUUUUCUAA